AUGACCAGCGCAGCCGACAUCCCGAACGUCAAAGUUGGCGGCAACGCCUCCGUGCCAGUGCUGGCCUACGGAACUGGUACAGCAUGGUCCAAGCAAACCGGCGAAUCUGACAUUAGCCGCGAAGUCGUGGAAGCCAUCAAGACCGCUAUCAAACUGGGUUAUCACCACCUCGACGGAGCCGAAGUGUACAAUACGGAACCUGAGCUUGGAGUUGCCAUCAAGGAGAGCGGCGUUCCAAGAGAAAAGCUAUUUGUUGUCACCAAGGUGUACCCUAACAUUGACGAUAUCCCCAACGCGAUUGAGCAGAGUUUGAAGAAACUGCAGCUUGAUUACGUGGAUCUAUAUUUGAUACAUGCUCCCUUCAAAGCCAAGUCCGACAAGGAGCUCCAGGAUACUUGGGCGGCCAUUGAGAAGGUGAAGGAGGCAGGAAAAGCGAAAGAAAUCGGCGUUUCUAACUACACCAAAGCCCACCUUGAGACUACAUUGAAGACAGCCAAGAUCCCUCCCGCCAUCAACCAGAUAGAAUUCCACCCGUACCUCCAGCACGGAGAUCUGCUUGACUACCACAAGGAAAAAGGCAUCGCAACAUCUGCCUACGGACCUCUAACUCCUGUCACUCGUGCUACAGGCGGUCCCCUAGACCCGGUGCUAGCUGGGCUGGCUAAGAAGUAUGCAGUUACCCCCGGGGACGUUGCACUUCGAUGGGCACUUGAGCGCGGUGCUAUUGCCAUCACGACGAGUAGCAAGGAGGCUCGCCUCACCGAGUAUCUACGUACCGUCAAGUUCAACCUCACCCCGCAGGAGGUGGAGCAGAUUUCGGAGCUGGGUAACCAGCACCACUUUAGGGGUUUCUGGAAGGAUAAGUUUGCAGCAGACGACCGCACAUAA